AUGGCAAAGGCUAAGGUUCAAAAGGAACCCAAAAAUUCAAAGAGCCAUUUGAAGGCUCGCCUUGACUAUUUAAAUCAAGCUGCACAGUAUCUCUUUAGCACCACACCGGCAAAGGAUGCUACUAAAAGCACUAUCAACAAUAUCGAGCUACAAGCAAAUUCAAGAGGAUGCGAUAUAGACCCCUCUCAGGGCUGCGCAGUCCCCAAGCAAGGAGAUUGUGCGCCUCUGGUGAAUCUGUCUCGGAUGUGUGCUUCACAGAUGCGUGGCGUUUCGCUAAAAACGCUGACACGACUCCCGGUGUCAGUGAAGCGAUCAUUUUGCAAACACUGCGAUACCCUGCUUGUCCCUGGAGUUGAUUGUUCCCAGGAGAUCCGGAAUUCAAGCAGGGGUGGGAGAAAACCCUGGGCUGAUGUCCUAGAGAUCCGGUGCUUUGGCUGCUCCACUGUGAGGCGGUUUCCUCAGACAGACAGGCGCAGCAAGAAACUUGUGAUCCGUCAGAAAGAAAAGCAAUCUGAUGGUCAGACCACAACACCAUCGAAUCAGAAUGGGGGAAGCAUGCAGCCUUGA